GAUGGGGCAGCUGGAUGCGCUGGCAGCGGGGCAGGAGGGGCUGAGCCCCGUCUGCCUGGUGGAGAAUUCCCAGGAGCAGGGGCUGGUGGUCUAUUCCGAGGCCCUGCGGGUGCUGUCGGGGGUCAAACAGCCCGUGGUGGUCGUGGCUGCCAUCAGGUCAGACCAGGAAGUGGCUGAGGCGGUACCUGCUCCUUCCCUCUCUGUUUCCCCCCUGUGCAACACCCGUGUCCCCCCAGGGGUCUCCGUGGGCUCCCCCCCCAACCGGAUGUGGAUGUUCUGCCUCCCCCACCCUCACCUGCGUGACCACACCCUGGUCCUGCUGCACACCGAGGUACACCUGGACGAGGGGGAUCUGGAGAGCUCCCGGUGGCUGCUGGUGCUGACCCUGCUCCUCUGCAGCUCCCUGAUCCACACCAGCCACGGGGACAUCACCCAGCAGGACAUGGACCGGCUGAGGUGGCUGUCGGAGCUGCCCAAGCUCAUCACGUGCAGAGAGAACCCCGAGCGCGGCGCCCUCAGUGAUUCCCACAGAUUCGCCCUUUUCUUCCCCGAUUUCGUCUGGGCCGUCAUGGACUGCGCCCGGGAGCUCCAGGACGAGGACGGGUGGGAAAUCUCCGAGGACGAGUACCUGGAGCGGGCACUGAGGCUGCAGCCAGGUACUGAUGCCCAGGCCCAGCGGCACAACCUGCCCCAGGAGUGCAUCCGGCAGUUCUUCCUGAACCGCCGGUGCUUCCUGAUCCAGGGGCACCUGGAGGAGACCCCGGCCGGGCUGCAGGAGCAGAAGUUCCUCACGUUCCUCCGGGAGGAGGCGCAGACGAAAACGUUGCCCGGGGGCCUCGUCGUCACCGGGGAACUUCUGGGGAGGUUGGCAGAGAUCUACGUGGGGCAGAUCCGGGCGGGAGCGGUGCCGUGCCUGGAGCGCGCCAUCCGGGACGUGGCCCCGGCGGCCAACGCGGCGGCGGUGGCGGCGGCCCUGCAGAGGUACCGGGAGCAGAUGGAGGGCUUGGAGCUGCCCGUGGACACGGUGACGGAGCUGCUGCAGCUCCACAGGUGCUGCGAGCUAGAGGCUCUGGAGCUGUUCAUGGAGCGGGCUUUCCCGGAUGGAAUCUGCAAUGGCCAGGCCGAGUUCAUGCGCCAGGUGGAGGCCCUGAAGGACAAGUUCUUCUUGGACAACGAGCGCCUGUCCCGCGCCAGGUGCGAGAAGACCCUCCAGAACCUGUCCCGGGACAUGGAGACAAGGAACCGGGACAGAUCCCACGGCCUGCCCGGGGGAUACCUGCAGGCGCUGGUGGUGGAAUACUGGAAGCUGCCCGGCAAGGGGUUGAAGGCGGCUGCCGUGCUGCAGGAAUUCCUCAGGAGCAGGAGCAUCCGGAGCGCGGAGCGUUCCAUCCGGGCAUGGAGUAACAUCGGGGGCGGGGUGGGGCAGGGGGUGUGCAGGUACAGAGCACGCGGAGCCCUCACGUAG